AUGAUAAAUAAUUCAAAAUAUUUCCUUCUCAAAAAUGAAUCUACAAAAGUAACACCAUAUUUAGCUAAACCAUUUAUUAAUAUAAAUUUUUUAAACACUGAAGAAUUACCCUAUUGGUUAAGUGAUGAACAUAUAAAAAAAUCUAAUAUAAUAUUUAAUUCAAAGAUAAUUGCUCAUCCAGUAUAUGUAGCUCAAACAAUUCAUAAAUACAAACCAUCGAAUAUUCCUCAAAUAGCUAUAUUCGGAAAAUCGAAUGUUGGUAAAUCUAGCUUAAUAAAUGCUCUUCUGAAUUAUAGAGAAGUUGCACAAGCAUCUAAAACACCUGGUAGAACUAGACAUUUGUUUAUUUUUAAUUUAUUAAACUAUUUAUCUAUUGUUGAUUUGCCUGGUUAUGGAUAUGCAAAAGUUUCAAAAAAUUUACGUGAUAAUUGGUCUAUUUUGAUUGAAGAAUAUUUAAAUAGGGCAAAAAAUUUAAAGCGUGCUUUAUGCUUAAUUGAUUGCACUGAAUUAUUUAGUACGUAUGAUUUUAUCUUAUUAGAUAUGCUAAUAACUAAGAAGGUUCCAUUUCAAAUAAUAGUUACAAAAAUUGAUAAAUUAAAAGUUAAUGAAUUACAUAAUUUAAUGGUUAAGAUCCUUUCGAUAUUAGAUAAUUAUAAAAAAAAAGUAAACUUAUUUAAUGAAAAUGCAUAUAAAAAAAAUAAUAAUUUAAAAAAGGAAAUAUACGAAUUUAACAUAAAUGAAUAUUUGCAUAAUGUAUCAAGUUUAAAAUAUUUCGGUAUUCAAGAAUUAAGAACAAAUCUAAGUUUAAUAGCAUUGGAUAACUUAAAUUCAAAAAAAUUAAAAAAUUCAUGA